GAGACAAUUGCGCAUCGCGUCCCGCAGGCGCGGUGCGGCCAGCCUGGGUGGCAUAAAAGGCGCGGGAAGUCAGGUCCCGCUCUCACUCACUCUCCCGACCAGGUCCAAGAUUCACGAAGCAGCUCCACGCUCAGCACCACGCCUCAUCGACACGUGGGCCAGUACUCUUACCACUUCUACGUUCUGUUUACUGUGUACACGAGAUUUCUCAAGCAAAUGGACUCCAUCCCCGCUACCUUGGUCCCAGACCUGAUCUUCCCUGAUCCGUUGGCGCCUUCCACAUCCCAGGCCGGCACCGCAGGGGCCCCCUGCCCUACCCAGCAAACCCUAAGUGGCGAGAAGCCGGAUCAUGCAGCAACUGCAACACGGAAGAGGGCUCGGGCGGCGUCAACGCGAGGACAACAGCGCAGUGGUGCUAGGACGCAGCCGGCCAGGGACAGGACGAAGCCCGCCCGUUUCGCCUCCCCCUCCUCGGGGGGCUCCUCGGGCGGCUCGGAUACGGACGGCGACCACACAUCCCAGAGGCCCACUGCCGGCAUAGCGGCGGGUGGCACAGCGUCGCAGCCUUCACCCCUGUCGGCCGACGAUUGGGCGACGCUGCAGGCGCUCAUCGCGCAGGCCCGGGGGCCCUCUCACCACACAAGCCGUCCGGCCACGGGGACUUCCGAGGCCGACCCUGCUGCGGCUGCCACAGCCGCCCUGCCCCCCUCCACUGACCGCCGCCCACGGGCCAGGGCCAGGGGGCAUACGUCGAGGCGUCGUGCAAGCUCCUCCAGUCCGUCCUCCUACGACGAGUCCCCUGAGGAGAGAGCACCCCACACUUUUUCUAGCCCCUGGCCGGGGCAUCUACGGGCGGCUACGGGCUCCAGCAUCCCACUCUUGGGCGUGCAUGUCCCGCAAGCCCUUCGGGAGAAGGUCUGGGCAAACAAGUAUGUCGACCUCGGGCAAUUGCUUGCCUAUGAGCGGGAAUCAGGUUCUUUUGAGUCCCACUCCGCGACACCCCCUGACGCAAAGCAGCCUGGUAAGAAGCAGCCGCCCCUGACGCCGGACCAGUGGGCGCAUGGCCUUGACAUCUACGCCACUAUCUACGUCGAGAAGCACCCAGCGGAGGCUCAGGCUCUGUUUACCUAUGCGCGUUACGUGAAGACCAUGAAGACGACCCUCAAAGGCGACUGGAUGUGGUACGAUCAGGCCUUCAGAUGGGACAGGGAGAGGUCGGGCUGUUCAUGGUUGGACUACAGGCUGGACCUGGAAUUUCGCUCGGUGCAACGCAUCGCCCAGGCCGCUGCUCAGCCUGUGAGGCAGGAGGCAGGGCGACCGGCAGCACUUUCUCUCUCCAGCGCCCGGGCAGCUGGGCUACCCCCGGGCUACUGCUUCGCCUACCACUCGAGGGGACCCGGCUGCACUUUCACCUCAUGUUCAUUCAAGCACUACUGCCCACGCUGCCGAAGGAGGCACCCUGCCUACAACCCAUGCCCUCCAGCUCGGCCUCGCGACGAACCCACACAGGAAAAGCGCCCACGUCGCCACCCGCAAGUUACGGCUUCGAGGAGCUAGGCUGGGCUCCUUCUGGUUACGUCUCUCUCUAUAUGGUCUAGGCGGGGCCCUCAGCCGCCUGUAGAAGAGCUUGCAGAACACUACUCACGGUAGGCAGGUGCGAGAGUGACGUUUCCUUCCCAGUCGGUAGCGUAAUUGCUUGGCCACCCUGAGGUUUCCCUCAGCGGGCACUCGCCCUUCGGG